CUCGUCCCCAUAAUGGUAAUAGUGUUUUAGCAACAAUCUGAACAAUUUCCUCAUAAUACUGCGUUUUGUGAAGUGGCAGGUAACGUUUCAUAUAAAUAUUUAGAUAUACAUGAUGCCGCAAGGUCGUAGGAACCAGGGUAUGGCUCCGGCCAAACACAAUGAAGGCAUUUCUGAACCUGAGAUACCAAAAGAACACAUACAAUGUGAUGGGAAAAUUAACAAUGUUUCAUUCCAUUUAGCUAGUGAAUCUAUACCGGCAUGGAAAAAAGCAGUACUUGAUUUCUUCGAUGAGAAAAAAACAACGGUGACGACCAGUGAUAUUUGUUGUGUUAUAAAAGUAGUUUUUGACUAUGAAGGCUCGGUCAAUAACUCCGUGAAAAUUAAUUUCUACCAAUCAGGCUCCGUAGUUAUUCAAGGCGCCAAAUGUGUUCAAUUUAAGGACAAGUACUUUGCCUCCCUCAAUGAGAAGGCACAGAACAUGCAUGAAAUUCAAGAAUCACUAAUUGCUGAUGAUGCACAAAUUCAUGAGUGUGAUGACAAUAGUAGUCAAGGGAGCGACAUGAAUGACACAGUUUUAGAACUGACCGAUACCGAAGAAACAAAAGAAAAAUGGGUCACAGACACCAAUAUCAUAGACAGACCAAACCUUCUAAUGCAAAAAGUGGAUGCUAGUUGUAACACAGAGCAGAGUGAUCUAGCUGAAUGCCAGAGUAUUACACCCAGAGAACAAGCAGAAACCCAAGUGAUGACAUUUAUGUCUAGAAUGGAAAGCCAUUUCACAGGUGCGAUUGAAAGGAUAUUUAAUCAACACUCAGCAAUAUUAACAACAAAGCUAGAAACAAUGCAAAAACUACAUAAUCAAAGCAUGCAAGCCAAUGAAGUGAAUUUCACACAACUACUGAACAAAUUUGAUGAACUUAUGAAUAAGACAUCAAAACUUGAAAAAGAAAACACAGAACUCAAAACAAAAAUGAACAGUUUCAAUCACAUGUCAACACUUGAAAAAGAGGUAUUAAAAUCUAACCUAGAAGCAAAAUGUUCAUCUCUGCAACAACAGAAUGACACAUUCUCAGAGAAAAUGAAGAGGUACACAGAAGACCUGCAAAAGACCACAAAUAUCAUGGCAGAUAGAUCUGCCCAGAUAGAUACAUUAGAGACAAAAAUUGCAUCAAUGAAAACAGAACUUGAUAAAAAAGAUGAAGAAAUUGUGAGCUUAAAGUUACAUAAUUGCCGUGACGAUAACAGCGGGGACUUCCAAACAAAAACAACUCGUCAAAACCAAGUAAAACCCCAUGUCACUUUGAUUGGAACUUCCAAUAUAAAAGGAAUAAACCCAGAUAAACUUUCUUCCCAGUAUAGUGUGAACAAAAUAACUGCCUAUACUUUAGAAGAUACUGUUAAAGAAAUCAGGAAUUUAACAGAGGCUCCAGAUCUUAUUACAUUACACUCAUUGACAAAUGAUUUAAGAAAUAAAACUCCUAAUGCAUGUGUAGAAGAGAUGUCAGAGAUAUGCAAAUUAAUUCACGACAAAAUGCCAGUUACAAAAAUUGUAAUUUCACUCCCAACUCCAAGGAAAGACUCGGAUGAAUACAAUACCAGAGGACAGAUAGUCACUGCCCUGCUGAAACAGAAACUGAAGGAUGAUAGUCUUGUUAUCUUUUGCGACAAUAGUAACAUGGCGUACAAGGGAGAAGUAAUUCUAAGAUACGUUGACGCUAAGGAUGGAUACCACCUUUCCCACCAAGGUACAGCAGUGCUGGCAUCUAACAUUCGCAGCUCAGUUGACACAGCUUUGAAUUUAUCUCGUCGCGAUAUGCAGUACAAAGGAAGAGGCUACUACAAUAAACCGUAUUAUGGUAACAAGGGUCGGGGAGGUGACCGUUGGCGUGGACACGAUUUCAGAUCUCAGUGGUGACUCAAAGUUUGCCAAUUUUCAAGUCUAGUCACGUUACCGAUUUUCUUGAUUAAAAGUAAUUUACUUGUGUAUUCAAGUUUGUAAAUCUAGACAUUUUAGUUUGAAAUUCAUAGUUUACAAUCUAGUUGUAAUAGUUUGUACUACAAUCUGAGUAUUUGUCC